AUGGCCGCCGCAGCUGUAGCUCUCCCUCCCGUCGAGGAAAUUCGCGCCGACUCUUAUGUCGGUUUCGACACCAUCACGCAGCAAAUUGAGCACAAGCUGCUGAAGCGAGGUUUCCAGUUCAACAUCAUUGUCGUUGGCCAGACUGGUCUUGGAAAGUCUACGCUCAUAAACACCAUUUUCGCGUCGCAUUUGAUGGACUCCAAGGGACGGUUUGCAGCAGACGAGCCAGUGAGGCAGACAACGGAGAUUCAGGCCGUAUCUCACGUUAUUGCCGAAAACGGUGUCAAGUUGCGCCUGAACAUCGUUGACACACCUGGCUACGGGGACCAGAUCAACAACGAGGGCUGCUGGGAUCCUAUUAUCAAAUAUAUCAAGGACCAGCACAGUGCUUACCUCCGGAAAGAGCUCACAGCUAUGCGUGACCGUUACAUCCAGGACACUCGUAUUCACUGCUGUCUGUAUUUCAUCAACCCCACCGGCCACUCCCUACGACCCAUUGAUGUCAUCGUGAUGAAGAAGCUAAGCGAGGUCGUCAAUGUCGUCCCGGUCAUUGCCAAGGCGGAUAGCUUGACUAUCGAGGAGCGUGAUCGUUUCAAAGCUAUGAUUCGCGAGGAGAUGGUACACCACAGCAUUCGCCUAUACCCAUUCGACACCGAGGACACUGAUGAGGAAGAAGUGCAACUCAACGAGUCCAUUCGUGAAAUCAUUCCCUUCGCUGUGGUCGGUUCUGAGAGUAACGUAAUCAUUGAUGGAAAGGCUGUCCGGGGUCGCAAGAACCGCUGGGGCGUAGUAAACGUCGAGGAUGCUACGCACUGCGAGUUUGUGCACCUGCGAAACUUCCUCACCAGGUCGCACUUGCAAGAUCUCAUUGAAACCACCGCCCAAAUCCACUACGAAGCUUUCCGGUCAAAGCAACUGUUGGCCCUGAAGGAAGGUGUAAACCAGCGCCCGGCUGGCGACCGCUAG